AUGGAUUUGAUUCCUGAUCUAAGUAAUGCCUAUAAACUACAAUUAUCAAUGUUCCUUGAGGAAAACCGCCUAGAAUCUUUCAAGAAGUGGGUGUUUGAUGAUGAUCAACCAUGUAAUGCAGCCAAGAUGGCAGAAGCAGGAUUUUAUUCAACUGCUACAAAAUCAGAUCCUGACUUAGUACAAUGCUUCCUGUGCAGUAAACCUCUUGAUGGUUGGGAUGCAAAGGAUAAUCCUUGGGAGGAACACUUAUCACACUCAAAGACGUGUACAUUUGCAAAGUUAAAAUUGCCAGAAGAAGAGUUAACAUGCGUCCAAUUUGCAGCCAUAAGGAAAGAACAACUACAAAAUGUAUAUAAAAAGCAUUUUGCUGAUUUAAUACAAGACAGAAAAGAUGCAUGGGAUGAGUUCUGUGCAAGCAUAGAAGAAGUUGCAAAAAUGAAGUAG